CAGAGAGGAAGUGCGCAUCAGCCGCAGCAGACGGAUCAAUGAUCGAUCACCAAUAGGACCAAUAAUCAGAUAUCGAUCAGCACAAGUAUCGAUUACAGGAGAGAUGAGCCGCGCAGGCGCAGAACUGAGGAUUCACUUCAGCCCGGGCCGCGUGCACCUGGUUCAGGAGGAGGGGCCGGUCCCGGCUCACAGGGUCCUGGUUACCGGGGCAACCGGUCUCCUGGGUCGGGCCGUCUGCAAAGAGUUCGAGAACAACGGCUGGUUGGUGAUCGGGACCGGGUACCGGAGGGCCAGACCACGACUCCUCCGCUGUGACCUCACCGACGAGGACGCCGUCCGGGGUCUGCUCCAAGAAUACAAGCCGGAGGUGGUGGUUCACUGCGCGGCGGAGCGACGUCCGGACGUCGUAGAGAGACACACGGAGGCGGCGGUCAACCUGAACGUGCACGCCACGAGCGCGCUCGCCAGGGAGGCAGCGGUGUGCGGAGCGUUCUUCCUCUACAUCAGUACGGACUACGUGUUUGACGGGAGGAACCCGCCGUACGGAGAGGACGACAGCCCGAACCCUCUGAACCUCUACGGCCGCAGCAAGCUGGAGGGAGAGAGGGAGGCGCUGCGACACUGUCCAGGUGCGGUGGUCCUCAGGGUGCCCGUGCUGUUCGGGGAGGUGGAGUCGGUGUCUGAGAGCGCCGUGACGUCGUUGUGGCUCAAAGUUCAGGAGGCGACAGAAAGCUGCACGUUGGAUCACUGCCAGCAGCGGUUCCCCACCGACGCCCGCGACGUCGCCGCCGUCUGCAGGAAGCUGUCCGAGAGAGGGAGACAGGACCCGUCUAUCAGAGGGAUCUUCCAUUUCUCGGGUAAAGAGCAGAUGACCAAAUAUGAGACGGCCGUCGCCAUCGCUCAGGCCUUCAACCUGCCGUCCAAUCACCUCAUUCCUCUCACCGAGCAGCCAGCAGCUUCGGCUCCUCGUCCAAUCAACAGCCAGCUGAACUGUUCCCGCCUGGAGCUGCUGAACCUGAGCGUGACCCCGCGACCUUUCACCUCCGCCAUCACCGACUGUCUCUGGCCCUUCACCCCCGACAAGCGCUGGAGACAGACCGUCUUCCACUGAGGGACGGUCUGUCCUGACUGAGGGACGGUCUGUCUCCACUGAGGGACGGUCUGUCCUCCACUUAGGGACAGUCUGUCCU